UUUCCUGUGAGAUUUGAGCUACCAAUGCCUCAAGCAAAGAUGGCAGAGUCGAAGGGGGCCUAAUUUUGUUGUGAGACACUGGGGCUAUACAAAAUAUACAAAUGAUGGACGGUACUAGAAAGCGAAAAGGUGGUUCUGUAUCAAACGACUUAGAAAAUCAAGAAGGAGAUGAAGUCAAGAUGAAAGAAACAAAGCCUAUAUCUGUAUUAAUACUACAGAUUUUCAUUGGCUUGUUUUUAUUGUUGGUAAUUUACUUGAUCUUAGCACCAUCUCCAAUUGAUCCAAAACCUGUUAUACAGCAAAACCCUCUGCCAUAUUUUGAUGGAGUGCUCACCCCAAAUAACAAACUGCAACAGGCUGUAAAGCUUCUUGAAGGAAAAGUUACUGGUCCAGAAUCAAUAACAACUGACAGAAAUGGCAAUAUUUACACUGGAUUAGCAGAUGGAAGAAUUGUGAAGUAUACUAAAAGUGGAAGGCUGCGUGAAAUUGCUAGAACUGGCCACAACUUACCAACUUGUGGAACAUACAAAUCAGAGCCUGACUGUGGACGCCCCCUUGGUAUGCGAUUUGAUCGAGAUGAAAAGUAUUUGCUUGUCUGCGAUGCUUAUUACGGGCUUUUGCAAGUUGAUCCAGAGCGUGGUGAGAUCAAGACUCUUAUAUCUGCAAAGGAAGGCAUGGACGGACACCCGUUUGGGUUCCCGAAUGAUUUGGUUGUGACCUCAGAGAAUGUUGUGUAUUUCACGGACUCUUCAUGGAAAUGGAAUCGCCGGGACAACAGAUAUGCUGUUAUUGAAGGUACUGGUCAAGGCAGACUAAUGUCAUACGAUUUGAAUACCGGUAAAAAGGCUUCAAUGAUGAGUGGUCUGUAUUUUGCAAAUGGCGUUGAACUCUCACCAGAUGAAGAUUUCGUCCUUAUCUGUGAAACCAGUGCAGCUAGAGUCAUACGAUACUUCAUAAAAGGACCAAAGACAGGGGUUUAUGACCUGUUUGCCGAGAAUCUGCCAGGACUACCGGACAAUAUUAGAAGGCGAAAAGAGGGCGGCUAUUGGCUUGGUGUAGCUGGUAUAAGAAAAUGGCCUUUCUCAUUGCUAGAUUUUCUCGGGCCAUAUCCUACAAUAAAGAAGAUGAUAACAAAGGUGAUAUCACAAGAGAGCAUAAUCAAAAUGGUACCAAAGUAUGGUUUGUUGCUUCGCCUGGACGAAGACGGGAAUAUCGUUGAGAGUUUCCACGACCCAUCAGGCUCUGUCAUCAACGGUGUAAGCGAAGUCCAUGAAGAUGAUGAAGAGAAGGUCCUUUACUUAGGCUCAUAUCAUGCUGAUUCAAUCGCAAAGCUCCAGUUACAGUAGUUUUUAUACUAUUUUAGUACUAUUUUUAUAGAUCUUGAAUUUUAUGAAUAUAGAUCUUUUGAAAAAGUGUCAGAGAAAUUCCUCGUUUGAUAAAGUUCUGUUAGCUCGUGAUCUUAGCUUGUCUUGAGCGCGUUUUAAUUACGGUUAAAUGUGUGCGUUGAUUACGUUGAAACUUCAAUUUUUCAGUGGUUAUGUUGGGCUGUCGAACGUUGACAAAAAGGCGAGUGAUCUGUUUUUUAUUUAAAAGUUUUAAAUAAAAUUGAUCGUGUUUUAGAAAUUGUUGGGAUGGGUGCUGAGGUAAUCCCCCACUCAUUUACUACAGCCUUGAUGGUAUCUUUAUUUUACGAAGUACGCAAUUUUUAAGAACCAGUAAAUUUAAAUUGAGGAUGGCUGCUCGAAAAUUUGAGACCAGAUUGUCCUAAAUUUCAUCUUAAAUUGUUAAGGUGCUCUAGGAUGUCUUCAGGCCUUAUUUACUACCAAAGAGAGUGAGACAUCCUUUAUUUGCCGACAAGUUCGAAAAUUCACUCAAAGCACCCCAAGAUGGUAAAAACUCCUUUUUUGAUCUGAAGUUUUUUAAGGGAAUUUCACAAAAUUGUUUAAAAUUAUAUUGUACAUUAGCUCAGCCUCAGCUUGCUCUCACUUUUUCUUAACUUUUGACCAUUUUUGAGGUUUCUGUUAUUAUAAAAGAGUGUAAAGUCUGGUAGGGGGACAUAGAAAUACAGUGAAUUUGUAGCAUAAUUUAUGUGAUUGAUAUACGAGCGUCUGCUUUUUAGCAGCCACCAGACGGACAGCUACACUAAUGGCGAGAACAUUUUUAUAUAAUAAUAAUAAUAAUAAUAAUAAUAAUAAUCACAGUCGGUAGGUACCAGUCUUCUAGGGUUCCCUGCUUUUGACAUGUAUAUAAACACAUGACCUCAGACGCAAUCUUCAGGCACGUCUAGGGGACUGUGGGUUAAACCUGUCAAAAGUACAUCACCACUUCGAUUCAAAACAGUCGAUUGCGAAAACACGUGUUAACAUUACAGCAUCACUUUCAAAAUUUAGAACAGCACGCCUUGCCUACUAACAAGAGCUCUCUUGUACUUUCUAUUAUGACCCGUCAAUGACUUCUCCGAUAUUAUAUUUGCCCUUAAGUAUCCCUCUAGCAUAGGUGCAGGAUCAGAUGAGAAUAACAAUCAAUUUACAAAGUUACAAAGCUCCUCCGAGGAUCCUUGCCCCAUGCUAUAGGUUCUCGGUUUUUAGUAUUUGUGUCUACUUUUCUAGUGGUUUUUUAUUGUGUACAAUUAAGUUUCUGUUUUGUUUGAUAUUGUUCUUUAUCACUUCGAUGUGAAUUUUAGAAAUUUUAAAUGAAAUAAUUGUUAUCUUCAAAAAU